AAACAGAAAAUAUCAAAAGAUCGAAACGAGUAAUAAAAUACAUGAUCUAAUAAUGUCCAGUUUUUCAGAAAAUCCUACAAUCUCAGUAACUAAUUUUCAGAUAGUAAAAACAACACACAUAAGUAAAUGUAUUUGCCUUUAGAUAAAAAAAAGAUCAUGUAUUCUUAAUACCUAAUUUCUAUAUAAUGUUUUCUGUAAACAUCUGAAUCAAUAUUUGAAUACGCCUCGUACAUUCUUAUGACGACGUGUUGUUAAUGGAAUUGUGCAUCGAAUGGGUACUAAUUAACUUCAUAAAAAUAAUGGUGUGUAGAUUAAGCAACGAAAACAAUAAUUUAUCGCUGGUGAUUUCAUGGACUAGACUAUAAAAAGAAUAAUUUUAAUCAUUUGAUGUCGGAUAAGUACAACCAUUUAUAGAAUCAUGUCUAAUGCAGAUAUCAAUAGAUUUUUUCCUCAAAUAAAGGGCGAUCUUAGUAAUGUUAUUUGGGCACAUGCAGUUAAUAGCCAAGCAUAUCUUCAAAACACCCUUCAGAACGAUGAAGUAAUGAUGAUAGAAGCUGAUGUGGUUUAUGGUUAUUUGACUGAUUCUCCAAAUAAAAUGGCUGUAAUGGCACAUUCGAUAGAUGAUACAUCAGAUUUAUCUUUAAAUAUGUUUUUACAAGAAAUAGAUAAUUUUAAUGAUAAAUCUGAUAUAUUGAUUGGAAAAGGAAAGGGAUUAAAACUUGAUUUCAAAAGUUUAGAUGCAGUAGAAGCAUCUUUGGAUUCCAUUUUAAAAUAUAAUAAGGGAAAGUAUCCAUUUUGGUUGAAUGCGGACAUAUUGCCCGGCCCUAAUUAUGACAAAAAUGAAUUUAUAAAAGUUAAUCCUGUAGAUGCUGAAGGAUUCUUAUCUGCUGUAAAAAAAUUCCAGUAUUCUAUUUUAUCUCUUGGAUGGACGACAAAACUAAGCAAUGCAAAUCAGAAUUAUUCACAGAAAUAUAUAAAAGAAAUGCUAGAAGUAAUCGAAAAGAAUAAGGUAAGCAACGAAUUAACUUUCGCUGUUCGAGCUGGUCUAGUGGCCAAUAGUUUACCGGAAAUGAAAGAAUUGUUGCUAAAUGACAAUUCCACUUUGACGAUUUGGUCAUCUCAGGACGAUUAUCCAGGAAAAGUUGAUGUAGAGAAUUUGAGGAAAGUUAUUUCGGAUAUUGGUGUAUCGAAAAUUUUUAUAGACGUACCGCAUAAUUUAAGAGAGGCAUUACAUUUAAAAUAACGAUGUUAAGUGUAGCAUACAUUGAAGACUCUCUAGAUACACACCGUUAAUCGGGAUUAACGGAAUAAGAUCAUCGAUUUACACUCAUUUCUUUUUCUAACCGACUGCUUCAUGUAACAUAUAUCCAUUUCUGUACUCAUUGUAUACUUUAUGUAUUCAUUGCUUUGUUCAGUGAAAGGUAUCCAAAUAACAGCUUGAUGUAUCAUCGAAAGAUUUUUUACAAUAGGAAGCAUUCAUGCAUUCAUUAUAAGAAGAAAGACUCCAGGUCUAGGUACUUUAGUUGCUUCACAUUCAAUGAAUGCAGAUUCCAAAAUAUCAUUAUGAAAUCGAAUUUACAGGGAAUUCAUACAGCAAACACAGUCAAAAUCUAUCGCACUUUAGAAUAACAUAAUGAAGUAAGGUGAUGUUUGUCUUUUGGGAGUUUAAUUUUAGAAAGGAAAAAUUCUCAGAAAUAGUGUUCCUUUUCUCAAAACUGUCCAUAUUAGAGCGGAAGAAAUCCCUAUUUUCUAAUUAAAGCAAGUUUUAAAAAAACUGAAUGGUACGAACUUAUAGAAAUCAUCGGACUUUUUUGCUGUCUUAAUAAUUCUAUCUAAAGAAUUACUGAUUGGGUAAAAAAUCAGUUCAGUGAAAUAUGAUUUGAAAGCAUGGGGAAGGGUAAAGCAAAUAGUUUAUCGAGGACAUAUUUCAAAUGAUAGUGAAAUUAGUGGAGUCUAAAACCGAGCUUACAUGUGUCAAGUAGCUAAAGCAAGUUACUAAAUCGAGUAGCUAAAUUUAGUUGAUUUAGUACUUGCACAAGUACCUAAUUUAGUAAACUGUUUAGUCAAUUGAAUAGAAACAAUUUCUAUUACUUGAGCAAGUAGUUUCUCCCACCACUGCUUCCGGCAACUAAAACGCCGACUAAACCAGUGUAGACAUGUUGGUUUAGUCUAGUUCAUUAGUACAGAGUGAGGGGAUUAUUUUUAUUUGAUUUGGUAACGCUUAUUUUUAUUUUUCUUCAAUUCUUCUGCAAGUGUUUCUGAUAAUUCACCACAUAUGUCCGAGAUACAAUGCCGUGUUGCUGCGCGUAUUUUUUCAGCCAUGUUUAAUUCCACAGUACUAAAUGACAACUAAAAUUUGAUUUGAUCUUAACGUUACCACGAUCGCUGGCCAAAGGAACAAGGUAACUACCUCUUCAAUCGUCAAAUUCUCAGUCGGAAAUAUCACGACUUCCGCAAAUAUAAAAUUUAAAAAUUCAUGAUCAAAUCCAUAAUCUACAUCGGUUGACAGUCAAAAGGAAAAUAUGAACUAAGUUAGCAGCAGACUUCUUGAGCAAAAUCGGGUCACACGUCAUGACGACAAUCUAGCCAGGUGCAACAAUAGCUCAGUUUCAAAAACACCAGCUAACAAAUCACUCCUCAAAACAACCUUUCAACGGACUCAACAACCAAAAAUCAAUAUCCGCAGAAUUUACAAAAUACUGCACGAAUAACUUAAUUCGUGAACAGUUAACUAGAUGCUGCUCUUACAAGCAACAUAGUUCCGCAACCAGUUAUACCACGUCUGGCAAAUUUCCAAUAACGCUUGCGUCCUGUAGGCCAAUACUUAACCUCAAAAGAAAAUAAACCAAAAUUCAAUUUGUUUAUAUAAAAAUAAUUCCACAAAAGGACAAAUUAAACUGUGCUAAAUAACUUAAAUUCCAGGAACCCAGUAUGUCACCAAUAAGUACAUACAAAACUACAAAAGAGAUAUGAAGUAUAAUAUGUAAAUAUUUCUACUCAAAGAUAAUAUGACAAAAUAUCUUAAAGAAAAUUAUCUACAAAAAGAAGUUGGUAGGUUUAUAUCGUAUAAUGUUUAUAACAACAAAAGUAACACAAGCGUGAGCAGUGAAAACGUUACAGGGUCUUUUCAAGAUCUUAAACAAACGUGUGCGGUGUGCACCUUGAGAGACUUAUUGUAUUCUUUCAAAUAACUAUUUCAUCUAAAUCUUUUUUUGUUUUUCGACUAAGGGACAGUGAAUAUUUUAUUAAUAAAUUAGAGGACAAUAAAUUGUAAGUCGUUUAAUAAUUUAUUUUAAUAUUUACAACUAGACUAACAUUUACUAUAAAUAAAAUAGUACAUAAUUAAGCAACAGCAUAAAUUGCACCACAAAGUAAAAAUAAAAGUAUACUGAUUGUAGAAGAUGAUCCACUUGAUGGUUCUACUACGAAUGUAUCAAAAACAACGUUUCCGUCUUCGACGUCUUUAGCCAAACCGUACACUUUAUUAUCGCAAAUUAAAGGGCUACCCAAUACUAAUUUACUAAUGUUUAAUAAAUCCAAACUAACUUGUAAAUUUAAAUCGUUAAUAACAAUAUUUUGCACUUUUUGAUAAAUAGGAGUGUCGUUUUCAACAGUUACAAAUGUACAGUUAUACAGGUCUGUUAUUGUCGCGCUUAUUUCGGCGGGGUUUGUUGUAAAAUUAUCCCUGUUUACUACGGGUAAUGUGAUUAUUUGUUGAUUGUAAGAUUUUGGCGUAUUCAUUAUUUCUACCGUAGCAUUAUAAUCGCUUAAUUUUUGAGCGAAUAAUUUACAUAAACGCAUAUUGUUUUUGAUAUUUUCUAAUACGAUUUGAUUGAUAGCGAUGGAUUUGUUGAUAAAAAUACCCAAGUACGUUAUGUUGUCUAAAUUGAACUUAAAAUCAUCAAGAAGAUCAGAAAAUACUACGAUGUUAUUAACGUCUUCUAUAUUUAUGUUCGUAAAAUUCCACAGUUUAAGUGCUUUUUCCUUAUUAAAACCGUACUUAUUU